AUGUCAUCAUCAACCAAGCGAGCCUGUGAUGCCUGCCAUCGCCGCAAGGUCAAAUGCUGCUCCCGCAGACCGUGUACAAAUUGCAGCCAAGCGGGCCUCUCUUGCACCUACAAUGCCAUUCCUCAGAAGAAAGGCCCCAAGGGGAGCCGGGCCAAAGUCAUUUCCGAACUUCGCCAGCGUCAAAAGCAAUCCCAGUUGGCCAUGGAGAUGCAGAAUCGCUUCAUGGGCAUCGACGGCGUUCCCAUUAGCUAUUCCCGAACGCCCGGUUUACUGACCCCGGAAACGAUUCGGUCCUGCAUCGACUUUUUCUUUGCCCACCUUUAUCCUACCAUGCCCAUCUUGCAGCGUGACCAGCUGCAUCAGAUUUCAAUGACGAUUCACGAUUCGGUAGAAGCAUACUGUCUCAUCAGCUCACUCUGUGCCUUCAUGAUGAUUCAACCUGGAAUGAAACCACCGGCGGGGGAGAGGAACGGUGAAGACGGAAGAUCGGAGGGAAUUGCUUUUGGCACAAGACUGCUCGAGGAAACAUUGAGAGUGCGAAAAGGACUCGACUACGUCGAAAACCCAACCCAUUUCACUGUCAUUAUCUCCUUCUUCCUAUUUGCCUGCUACUUCGGACUGGAUAAGCACAACCCCGCUUGGUUCCAUCUUCGAGAGGCAACGACAUUGGCGCAAAUUAUCGGCCUGCAGCAGGAAAGCAGUUAUUUGACUGGCGAUCCAAGGGACGCCUCUCGAAGACGCCGACUCUUCUGGCUGCUUUUCGUGACGGAGAGAGCAUAUGCGUUGCAGCGACAUCGACCACUCUCUCUUCAUUCCACAAUUGAAAUGGCUCCGGUCGACGAGGACCCUAGCGAGACUGUUGUGCUUUCGGGCUUCAACCAUAUGGUCAAUCUCUACCGUCCGCUGGACGAUAUGUUUGUCGGCCUUUGGAACAAGGCACGCGCGGAUUGUUCCACUCCUUGGCUCGCCCAGCUGCAAAAGCAAAUAGCCUGUUCCUUGCCAGCUACUCUGACUUGCACCGAGAGUCAAGCGGCCGAUCUUCGAACGUCCCAACAAUGGUUACGAACCAUGGUCUGGCAACUAUCGAUCACGAAUGGAUACCUCUCCUCGUCUUCGUCUGAGGACUCAAUGACCUUCAAGUACCCGAUUGAUAUUGCGCGAGAUUUGAUUACUUUUACUGGCCAGUUAUCCCGGCAGGCCAUGGAAGUUCAUGGUGUUGGACUGAUUGAAAAACUCUUUGACGUUGCGUGCACACUGACUGAUGUCAUGUCUUGCGUCCCCAUCUCCUCGGAUGGAUUGCAGCUGGGUCCACGCGAUUACCUUAAUGAGGUCCUUGCUCUCGUCUCUACCCUCAGAGGAGGAGAGUCUCGGUAUCUCCCGCUCCUUCUGGCCAAGAUCAACGACACAUUUCCCGUCCUUAGUGCACCUAUCCCCGAGCCGGUUCCACUGGAGCCCAUUGGAGACCGCGUUGAGGAGAUUUUUGAGAGCUCUCCGUCAGCCGAUUCUCAAACGUACGAUAGUCCGCCGCUUCAGCCAGCCACACUUGCGGUUCCUACUACCGUUGGCAUCCCCGAGUAUCCAACCAUGGUCACUGGCCAGGCUUAUCCAAGUAUGUCCGCAGAGUUGCCAUAUGCAGGACAGACUACCACGGCAAACGUACCGCCAAUCUUCCCGAUCAUGGGCACCGAAACAUAUGGGAUCUGA